AUGUCAGAGGACAAUAAAUCAAGUGGGUCUGGCGAUGAAAUCCAAGAAAAUUACUUUGCAGAGGAAGAGAAGAAUCUUAGAAAAGAAGGCAAUUACAUUGAGAGUGAUGAUGAUGAGUAUUACAACCAAACAAAAUUGAAUAAUACAAAGGGUAUGACUUACCAAAACCUACUCAACACAAUUGUAGAAAUCCGCUUUGAAAUAUACACAAUGCGACAAAAGCCAAAAAAUAUGGAGGAGGAUCUUGAUGAGCUCGACCAAUUUAUGCUAGAAAACAAUGAAAAACUUCAACAUGAAAAAAGCGUCGAACAACUUGAAAGGGAGUUAAAAGACCUUACCUUGAAACUAAAUAAGGCGAUACCAGAAGGCACUUCACAAAAAGACGUCGAUGAACUUAUCACUAAAAAAAUUGAAUUGAAGAAAGCAGCACAUGACAUAGUUCCUUUAAAAAGAGAACCAACUGACACAUCUGUACCAAUAACAAAACAACAGGCGGACUUCAAAGAUGUGACUAUCAAAGAAGGGCAAACAGGGGAUGGUAAGACGAAGUUGAAUGACUUGUAUGGGUAUUAA